GUCAGUCUGCUGGCGUUCAGAGAGGCUGCAGCCACUUCUGCCUUGCUGUAUUCUUCGCAGGUAUCUCACUCAUUUCCUCGCCAGAACAAGUCACCUGGAUUUUAAAAAACAAAACUAAACAAAACACAAAGAAAAGAAAAGCAACAAAUCUUUUUCGACGUGCACUCCACCCGAUGUGAAAAAGACAGAGAGGGGAAAGGAGAGCAGAUAAAACAGAAGAGAAAUGGGAGCGUUCAGAGUGCUGCUGGGGAGUUUACAUUACAUGGGACUCUACAUGCAACUUAGUGUCUCCACAAGGCAAGCUGGACACGGCGAGAUAGAGAACCACAUCUCUGGGAACGCCAUGUUCACAGAGGUGCCUCACGAUAUGACUGCCCAGAGAGGUCAGGAUGUGGAGAUGGCCUGCUCCUUCAGAGGGGCGGGAACGCCCUCGUAUUCGCUGGAGAUCCAGUGGUGGUACAUCAGGAACCAUCUCGACUGGACGGACAGACAGCCCUGGACAACCAAUGAAGUGGCUCCUGAGGAGGAGAUGCCAAAGGAUGCUACAAAGAUAAGUGUUGUGAAGGUCGUGGGAAGCAACAUCUCCCACAAACUCCGUCUCUCCCGAGUCAAGCCGUCCGAUGAGGGCACCUACGAAUGUCGUGUCAUCGACUUCAGCGAUGACGCAGGUGCCCGCCACCACCGUGUCAGAGCCUACCUGCAGGUGGUGCCAGAGAGCGACAUAAUUGACAGCAACCACAAUGACAACUUUGAGGCCCUGGACGAUACCAAGGGAGGAGUGGCAUUCGUCGACGGGGGCGACAUGGAGUCACACGGUGGCACCAAAGAGCACGCUCACGGCCAUCACCAGAAUCACGGGCACCACCAGGAGCACGGCAAGCGGCCUUCAUCGCCGGCCCACCAUGGCCACAGCCACAGCGGCAGCAGUCAGCAACACAAGGCAGGCAGAGAGCUGAGGAAGAGGGACGUGGACAGUAACCACAGCCACAAUGACUGCACCAACGAGCCGAGCUGUACGCUGUAGAUGUCGCCUUACGACACCUGAGUGAUAGAUUACACAAGGAUUGCAUAACAUGAUGUGUGUCACAGCAUAAAAAGCUAUUCUUCCCACACAGUGCAAGCGUGUGCACAAAUCCAGAAUCCCUAGAAAUGUACAGUGUGGCUUGUUCAGAGCACAGCGCUGCAAACUGUGCUGGGGAAUGUAGCUUUUUCUUGCUGUGCAUGGGUCUGGGUUGGACUGCUCACUGUCUGUAAAGCCUGGCUUCACGUCAUUCAGCGAGGGGGGCUGAUGUGUAGAUCUAAGCAGCUCCACUGUUUCUGGUCUCAGCACCGACAAAAAAAAAAAAAAAAGACUUGUCUUACUAUUAACCCAUGCUCUGUUCCACUCUUGUACUUUAGAUACUGUAAAUGACACAACCCUGCUUUCAGGCUCAUACUUCUUCCACUGCCUUACUCUCUCAUUUGAUACACCCUCAGAAACAAAAGGGUAAUAUUAUACCUUUUGUAACUGGGUCUAUGCCCGGUAAAAGAAAUGUUCCUUUUAUUCUGAGAGUGCACUGAAUGAAACUAAACCGUCAGUAAUUUUCCCCUGGAAAUCUAGUCGAGUCUGAUUCCUCAGCUUUUUACUUAGAGCACUAGCUUCUUUGCAUUUUUUUGUGUGUUCAUAUAAUGCACAUGAAUAUGGUGCAAAAUCUGUAUGCACCUGAAAUUCAGCAAUUUAUUCUGUGUUUACUCACAGGGGGGAAAGAAACAUGCUUUCUUCAGCAGAAACUCAUCAAGGUCCCAAAGCAGCAGCGCUCAUCAAGGACAGAUACGGCCUCAAUUCAUUUGAGUUGGAGGAAAUACUGCGGGAAGUCUGAGAUUUCUUCCCCAUUUGUGCGGAGUUCAAACAAAGCACACCACAGGCUUUAUUUUCCCCCACAGCACUUUUGAGCUUAUGAAUUUGCAGCCCAACAAAAAAGAUGUGAUUUUUGUUCACCCCCUUGUGCUGCAGGUUUAAUCCAUUCAUGGCUGUUCAGGCUGAGAGGAAUCAAUCGUGUUGUUCCAUGUGGACCCCACCUGUUUGGAAAGCCAUGAAAAGACUCAAAUCUGUGCCACUAAAUUAAAAAUCUGACUUGGUGUGCCUCUAAAUCCACUCUGUGACUAGAAAUCAAUGGAAGAAAUGUGAUCUUGGUGAUACUUUUUUUGGAAGAGCAGUGCUGUAUCCCGGCUUCGUUCCCUUAUUCUGAUGCUCCAGCCCAGUGCUCAUCAAUCAUUUAAAAAGCCUCAAUCCUCUCCACUACAAGCCUCUAAUCCACUCUGUAUAUAUGACUGUAUAAUAUUAAAUAAAGUGAGUGCAUGUUCAGUAAUUUUCUUAAAAACUUUUUCAACCAACCAUACACAAAGACAGUGUGUUAGUUAAGGAUAUUUUGUCAUUUAUUUAUUUGGUUCAUUUAAAAAAAAAAAUGUCCAUUCAGUUCAGAUUUUUUUUCUUCUACUUUAUAAGUCCUGUCUAAUAGUUUUUCAAAGCAGUUUUCCGUUGCUUUACCGCUCUCCAGAAGUGCUGUACAGACAGAUGAAUGACAUAUUCUCUUCAUAGCUGCUCAGAAAGGGGUUUCCCUUAUGUAUCUUAGUACUUAAAGCAGUGUUUCUUAAACUACUGUACUGUAUGUGCAGGGCCGCACACAUGAGUGUUACCGUGUUUUAAAUGAGCUUGAACGUGGGAUUCAUUUCGUGCAGUUUGGGACUUUGGUCUGAAAAGAUCUGAGAGGCCAUUUUACUUCUGCCAAUUGAUAAUCUCUUUGCUUAGAUGCUCGUGUGAAGCGCAGGACAGUGCUUUACUCUGAAGGGAUCAAAUGGGGCAAAGUGAAUGUGGGUGACACGCUGGAUGAAGCCUCGAGCAGUGAGGGCGAGAAGUAAGAGAGAAGUGUUGUUAGUGAAACCCUGAAAUUGGCUGUUCAUACCGCCUCAAAAUAGAGUCUGUGUCUCAAGGCCAUGCAGGGCUUUAUUUCUCUGCUGUAGGGGAACGUUGUUGGCAGUCCCUGCAGAGAGGGAGGGAGCUUUAGUGAACAGAGGAGUGAUCAAUUGGAUGUUUUUUUUUUCAAUGAGUAACUUUGAUUUGAUGUUUUGUAAAAAAGAGAUCACUGUUAAAAAAAGAGGGAAAAUGUACAUUUCUUCUAGAAUGUUUGGUCUCACACUAAGUGUAUGGCUUUAUCAAAUGAAAUAAAUUGUAUAUGAAACAACAGUGAAUCUAUGGUCAUUUUCUCAUUCAUUUAGAGACGUAAAAAAGAUAGAAGUCACAACAAGCUUAGAUUUCAUUUCAACCCACCCGGACAGUCGCUAUGCAUUUAUAUCUAAAGGGUUAUUGUGGGUGUUUGUUUAGUUCUACGUCAGCUGUGGUUUAGCUUUUGGCCCCCGCUCUGUGCGAGUGUCUAUCCGUGUGCAUUAAGGAGAAACGAUAUUAGGCAGUUGCCUGUGUGUAAUAGGUGCUGCCAAAGCCCCACUCCCAUUGCUGCUGAUGACUAAUGGUGCUAUUGUCAGCACUGGCAGCAGGAUAAAUAGCAACAGCACAGCAUGAGAUAAAGAGGCACUGUGCCGCGCUCGCUAGCGUUAAGCCAGGCCAGCUAAAUACAAAACACGUGGCGAUCUUGUUUCACACUAGAAGGCUCAUACAUUCAUUAUGGAGCGAUGAGGUGGAGAGGCUCCGGGUUCUCUCAUCGCUGAGGUGAUGUGAUAAUGGAGGGGGCUUCCUGUUUCCUUCAUUUGAACAUCCCAAGCACCCUGUAGGGCUCUGAGUGAUAACAGGUACAAUGAUAGAUUGGCCACUAUCCCUGUCAUGAGGCGUUCAAUUCCCCCAUAGUUACACAACCUGGUGCACCCUGUACCCUUCAAGCUGACUCAUCUUCUGCUGACUGCAUAUGUGAUGUGGGUGGCAGGAUAACUCAAAGAGAGUUCCUCCUUCCUUUGUAAAGCCAAACCUCUAAUCAAUCAAUCAAUCAUUCAAAUUAUUAGAACUGUCCAUUGUCCAUCAGUGGAGUAUUUGCUCAAUCAUAUAGUU